CGCGCUUUCGAUAAAACAGUGCAUCAUGGGUAAUCAGGAUCUUCGCGAGGGAUUGUUUGCGUUGCUAGUAAACAGAGCCCAGAGACCACGCUUACCAUACUUCUUUCGCUAUUUGGAAACUUCGAAUUGAAUCAGACACGCAUCCAUUUACGAAUAAGCUCAGAAUGCCUCACUACAGGUGCUGUGUUGGUGGAUGCGACAAUGACAACAAAUAUCCAGAUAAGAUAGUCAAGAGGAGUCAUGUAGAGGGAGAGCUCAAAUGGCACUACAUGACAAAAGAUCCUGCAAAACGUGUCAUUUGGGAGAACAAUAUUGGCAAAGGACGAAAAGAUUUUAAGGCUACUGAUCAUCAAGUGGUCUGCUCCAAUCAUUUUCAGUUUGGAAAGCCAACAUUUUCAUAUCCAAACCCAACAUUGUAUCUUAAAGUGAGUGAUGGUACAAAAAAGUCUCCUAGAAAAAGAAGAAAGAUUGUAAAACAUUCUUCUGUCAACGAUGAUCAGACAUCUUCUCAAGGGACUUCAGGGGUCAAUGAUUAUCAGACAGAGAGACCGUUUGCAAGUCCAUGCAUAAAAUUUGAAAAACUUACAAGGGACAGUGAUGUCAAAUUGUUUACAGGUUUGGAGAAUGCUGAAGUUUUUCAAGCUGUUUUUGAGUACCUUCAGCCACAGGCUGUGACAAUGGUCUAUUGGAGAGGCCCAAAGAAUACUUCAGUCAGCCUCUUCAAAAGACAUAGUAUCCAUGGAAAUAGGAAACUUCUCCUUGAGGAAGAAUUGUUCAUGGUCAUGCAAAGGCUGAGACUUGGUUUGCUGACCGAGUACCUUGCUCAUACAUUUAGUAUUAGCACAAGCCAAGUCAGCUCUAUACUGUUUACCUGGUUUCGCCUGAUGUCCUUAGAGCUGAAACCAUUCAUAGCAUGGCCUGACGGAUUUCAAAUUCAACCAAAUUUGCCUGAUGUAUUUCGGCGAUAUUAUAAGAAGUGCAGAGUAAUUAUUGAUUGCACAGAGCUUUUUAUUGAGACCCCUUCAAGCCUCAAAGCACAGGCCCUUUGCUGGAGUGAAUACAAGCACCAUUCAACAGUGAAGGUGUUGUUGGGAAUAACGCCCAAUGGAGCAUUCAGUUAUGUUUCAGAUGCAUAUGGUGGCAGAGCUAGUGAUAAGUGCAUAGUAGAAAGUUCAGACUUUUUACAACUACUUCAACCAGGUGAUGCAGUGAUGGCUGACAGAGGCUUCAAAAUAGAGGAUUUAUUAGCUUUUUACCAGUGCACCCUUGCAAGACCACCAUCAACCCAGAAGAACUUACAACUGAAUGAGAUAGAUGUAGCUAAGACAUCCAGGGUUGCAAAUGCAAGAAUAUAUGUUGAACAAGCUAUCCGUAAACUAAAGGAGUUCCAAAUUUUAAAAAAUGAACUGCCAAUUUCCUUACUUCCUGUUGUUAAUGAUAUUGUAAAAGUAUGUGCAGCUCUUGUAUCUUAAACUUUUAAGUUUAUUUUCACAUCUUAAAAGGAUUCCUUUAUAAAAACGUAGCUUUUUAAGAUGCACCUUCAAUUUCAUUAAAAAUAACCUUGUCCAAACACAUGCUAAAACCUUCCAACAAAUAACUUCCCAUACUUCCCUUUUUAAAAGCAAAAUUAUAAUUUUGAGUUUUGAAUUUUUAAAGGAGUAAUGUGCCCAUGAAUAUUAAUUGUUUGUUUUUGGUUUUGUUGAUAUUCUAAGUGCAUUUGAGUGCCAUUAAGACCACUUGAAAUUCAUUGAAAAAGUUAUUCAUUGCAUUUGUGAAAAGUUUAUUAUUUAUAAAUACAAUCAUUCUAUCACAGUUCAUGGUCAAAGGGUUUCUGUGAAGGUUUAAGACAAAAGAAUGUUUGACUUUUUUAAUGCUUCACUUAACAUUAUCAUAUCAAAUAAUUAAUAAUCAUUUUGUGUCAUUAGGUUUUUUAAUUGUUUCUUCUAACACUGAGUGUUCUCUUUGCCUGUUUCUUUAAACACCACAGUCGUCACAAACCCAAAAGGACAUCAGACUGUAAUUUUUACAGCAGCUUUUGUGAAAUGUCAAGGAACUUUUGCUGCAGUGUACCUGAUCAUUGCUCUGGCAACCACUUUGAGCAAUCUCAUUUUGCUCAAGAAUGUGUUUAUGACAUACAGCACAAAACUUAAUUUCUCUAAUCCCCAGCAAAACCUUUGCAACAUAAAGUUUGAAAAACAAAACAAGGUCUGGGUAGAGUAAAUUCCAGAAACUAGGAUCAAAUACCACAUUGAGUACAAGGGGUCUGCCAACUGUUGUAAAUACAACAAAAUAUGA